AAAGAGGAAGAAAAAGAAUGGAGGGACAACCAACCUGCUCUCCUUCCCUCUGCAACACUACUCUUCUCAUUAUUCAAACCGCCUUUUCUUCAUCGUAAAUGCUCACAAAUUUCCCCUUUUAGCUUUCUACAAUUUUAAUUUUUUUUAUCAAUUUGCCGUAUUUUGUAAUAUAUAAUCGCAUUGCUGCUUUUCCGUUACGAGGAGAUUUUCUCUGGAUAUACGUAGAAACUUCUUCACUCACAAGUCGAUAAUCUGUAUCUCCAUAUACGUAUAUGAAAAAUCUCGAAUUGUAGACGCCGUUGCAUCGUUGAUCGUAUCGCAUUGGAUUCAUCGAAUGCAGAAUCAGCCGAUCGGCAUUGCUGGAUCAAUUUCGCCGGAUCGCGGCGGUGCUAAUCGAAGAAAUUCAAACUUAGCGUGAUCUGAAAAUCGACGUCAAUGUCGUGGGGGCUGGGCUGGAAGCGACCUACGGAGGCCUUCCACCUGACAUUGAGUUACGGCCAGGAUGUCGACACGAUCGAGGAAGUAUCGCCGAGGUCAUCGCAGUCGUCAUCCGUAUUCUCAGGCUCGUCCCCCUCGUCUCAGGAGGAUGCCGCGGCGGCGGCUCUCGUUGCUAAUAGCAGCGCCAAUCCGGAUCAAUUAGGGUUUAAGAUUGAGCUGGAAUGGAACGCCAGCGACGGCGAUGAUCAAGUGGCGCUGAAGCUGCAAUCGCAGGUGAUGGUCGCCUUGCCGACGCCGCAGGACACCGUGGAGGUUGAGUUGACGGAGAGGGUGCGGGACGGAGAUUACGAGGUUGAUUUGGAGAACGGUGAAGGCGAGCGAAUGGGGACGGUGGGGCUGGAGAUGAGGGUGGUCAAGAGGAGGGAGCCGCUGAAGGGGGUUAUAAUGUGGAAAGCGGCGGGAUCGGGGCAACAGACUGAUGGAGGAAUGGGGGUGUUGGUGAAGCUAAUGAGGUUGAAUUUUGCCAACGGGGUUGCUGAUGCGGUGGCUGUGGGGUCUGAAUGUGCUGAUCAUUGGCGGAAUGUAUCUGUCGUCAGCCUCUGUGGUCUUGGUUUAUCCGCAUUGCCCGUCGAGAUAACCCGUCUCCCUCUUCUUGAGAAACUGUAUCUUGAUAACAAUAAGCUUUCAGUUUUGCCACCUGAGGUUGGUGAGCUGAAACACUUGAAAGUUCUUGCUGUAGAUUAUAACAUGCUCGUUUCCGUGCCUGUUGAGUUAAGGCAGUGUGCUGGUCUUCUUGAGUUGUCCUUGGAACACAACAAGUUGGUUCGCCCUAUUCUUGAUUUCAGGGCUAUGUCAGAGUUGCGUGUAUUGAGACUUUUCGGGAACCCCCUUGAAUUUCUUCCUGAUAUUUUGCCAUUAAAUGAACUCCGACACUUGUCCCUUGCAAAUAUUCGGAUUGUGGCUGAUGAUAACUUGGUAACACUUGAUGUACAGAUUGAGAUGGAGAAUAGUUCUUAUUUUGUUGCAUCUCGGCAUAAAUUGAGUGCCUUCUUUUCUCUUGUAUUUCGUUUUUCCUCUUGCCAUCACCCUUUACUGGCAUCCGCUCUUGCUAAGAUAAUGCAAGAUGAGGGAAACCGUGUGGUGGUGGGAAAAGACGAGAAUGCAGUGCGGCAGCUCAUAAGUAUGAUAAGCAGUGAAAACCAGCAUGUGGUCGAACAAGCUUGCUCUGCACUUUCAAAUCUUACUUCAGAUAGUUCAGUAGCAAUGGAACUUAUGAAAUCUGAUAUCAUGCAACCUAUUGAGAGAGUGCUUAAAUCCACUGGGUCAAAGGAAGUUAUCUCUGUCUUACAAGUUAUGGUCAAGUUAGCUUUUACGUCGGAUAUUGUAGCUCAAAAAAUGCUGACAAAAGAUAUUUUGAAGUCGCUGAAGUUAUUGUGUGCUCACAAGAAUCCUGAGGUCCAAAGGUUGGCCCUGUUUGCUAUUGGAAAUUUCGCCUUUUGUUUGGAAAACCGCCGUGCACUUGUCACGUCAGAAAGUCUGCAUGAACUUCUUCUGCGACUAACAACUGCACCUGAUCCAGGUGUAUGUAAAGCUGCAGCCCGUGCUUUGGCAAUAUUAGGGGAGAAUGAGAUUCUGCGCCGUGCUAUAAGAGGAAGACAGAUUCCCAAGCGAGGAUUACGCAUACUUACAAUGGAUGGUGGUGGAAUGAAGGGAUUGGCGACGAUUAAGAUGCUACAAGAAAUUGAGAAGGGUACUGGAAAACAAAUUCAUGAGCUUUUUGACCUUAUUUGUGGAACAUCCACAGGCGGUAUGCUUGCUGUUGCUCUUGGAAUAAAAUCAAUGUCAUUGGAAAAGUGUGAAGAAAUAUACAAAGAACUUGGUAGCUUUUCUUUCUUCCAGAAGGAGCCUAAAUUUUCUUUUCGCUCCCCAACCAUUUUUUUAUCGUUAUUAUUUUCCUUCUCCCAUAUAAUUACUCUUAAUCUCAAUUUUCAAGGGAAACUCGUGUUUGCUGAACCUGUUUUUAAGGAAAAUGAAGCAGCAACAUGGAGAGAAAAACUGGAUCAACUAUACAAGAGUUCAUCACAGAGUUUCCGUGUUGUAGUUCAUGGAUCUAAACACAGUGCAGAUCAGUUUGAAAAGCUGCUGAAGGAGAUGUGUGCUGAAGAGGAUGGAGAUCUCCUAAUAGAAUCAGCUGUGAAAAAGGUCCCCAAGGUUUUUGUAGUGUCUACUCUGGUCAGCGUUGCACCAGCUCAGCCAUUUAUAUUUCGAAAUUACCAGUACCCUGUUGGAACACCAGAGCUUUCUUCUGCAGUUUCUGAGAACUUGAUAAAUGGGAGACAAGGAGUUGCAACUACUGGAGCUCAGGUUGGAUACAAAAGGAAUGCUUAUAUUGGAAGUUGCAAGCAUCUAGUAUGGCAGGCCAUAAGAGCGUCAUCUGCAGCACCUUAUUAUUUAGAUGAUUUCUCUGAUGGUAUUUAUCGCUGGCAAGAUGGGGCAAUUGUAGCUAAUAACCCUACAAUUUUUGCCAUACGAGAAGCACAACUUUUGUGGCCUGAUUUGAAAAUAGAUUGUUUAGUUUCAAUUGGCUGUGGGUCUGUUCCAACAAAGGUUCGCAAGGGCGGCUGGCGUUAUUUGGACACUGGACAAGUGUUGAUUGAGAGUGCUUGCUCUGUUGACCGUGUAGAGGAAGCUUUAACUACACUGCUUCCUAUGCUGCCAGAUGUACAAUAUUUUCGAUUCAAUCCAGUUGAUGAACGUUGUGAUAUGGAACUUGAUGAGACUGAUCCAGCAAUCUGGUUAAAGUUAGAGGGUGCUACAGAGGAGUACAUCAAGAAUAAUUCUAUGGCAUUCAAGAAUCUUGCUGAAAGAUUGCUCGAGAGUACUCUUGAUGAUAAAUUCCCAGAUAGUGUCAAGUCCCAGCUCAGAGCAAAGGAUGCCUGUUUGGGCUGGAGACGUGGCGUACUUCUUAUAGAGGCGUCCAAUAGUCCAGAUUCUGGUAGAGUUUUUCACCAUGCACGCUCACUUGAGACAUUUUGUGCUAGUAAUGGAAUAAGAUUAACACUUGUCAAUGGGGCAUUUGGGACCAUGAAGGCUGCUUCAGGAUCUGCAUUUCCAACUCCAUUUACAUCACCCUUGUUUACUGGAAGCUUCCCGUCAACUCCUCUAGUUUACAGUCCCGACACUGGCACACAGCGUGGGGGUAGAAUUGAUUUAGUCCCACCUUUGAGCUUAGAUGGACUUCACUCUGCAAAAUCAACUGCUUCACCCCCCGAGUCUCCCCCUAAGAGGAGGCAGCUUGCUAUGCCUAUUCUAUCCUUGCAUGAGAAAAUACAAAAUUCACCACAGGUGGGCGUAGUUCAUUUGGCACUGCAAAAUGACACACGAGGCUCCAUUUUAUGUUGGCAGAAUGAUGUAUUUGUGGUAGCAGAACCCGGAGAAUUAGCAGAGAAGUUUCUGCAGAAUGUGAAAUACAGCUUGCUAUCAAUGAUGAAGGGACGGAAGAGGAAGUAUACAUCAGUAAUUACCAACAUCUCAACAGUUGCUGAUCUUGUUUCUUGCAGGCCAUACUUCCAGAUUGGGGGUGUGGUCCACAGAUAUAUAGGGCGCCAAACACAGGUCAUGGAAGACGAUCAAGAAAUUGGUGCUUACAUGUUCCGCCGAACUGUUCCGUCCAUGCACUUGACUCCAGAAGAUGUUCGAUGUAUGGUUGGAUCUUGGAGGGACAGAAUUAUAAUUUUCACAGGAAUACAUGGUCCUACACGAGCUAUGGCGAAAGCAUUCCUUGAUUCUGGUGCCAAAGCUGUGAUAUGCCCUUCUUCCGAGCCUGAAGAGUUGCAGCUGACAUCAUUUUACGGGGCAGGUGAGUUUAGUAGUUACGAGAAUGGGAAGUUUGAGAUAGGAUACGAGGAGGGAGAAGACGAGGACCCUGAACCUUCGAGUCCGGUAAGUGACUGGGAAGACAGCGACCCUGAUAAGAAUGGGGAGCCGCCAACGAGUUUAUGGGAUGACGAUGAGAAGGAACGGAGUCAAUUUGUAAGCAAGCUCUACGAAUCAAUGUUUCAAGGUGGUGCAAGAGUGGAUGUCGCUCUAAAGCGUGUACUUGCGUCACAUAAGAGCCUUAGAUAUUCGUGCCACCUAAGCAAUCCGUAGAUGGGAGAGGGUACUGUUCUGUGACUCCGAGGUAUCCACUCCCGUCGUUUUUGUAAUACUAUGUACUUGUACAUACUCAACUAUAUUACAGGAGAAAAUAUUAUAAGAGGAAAA